AUGUCUCGCCCCGAAGACCUCCUCCCGCCGGACCUGUAUUACAAUGACACCGCCUCGGCCAAGUACACGACUUCGUCGCGUAUCCAGUCGAUUCAGAGUUCUAUGACCAAUCGCGCAUUAGAACUCCUCGACCUCGAUUGUCCUUCGUUUAUCCUCGACAUUGGCUGCGGUUCGGGGCUCUCAGGUGAGAUUCUAUCAGGAGAUGGCCACAUCUGGGUCGGCAUGGACAUUUCGCCCAGUAUGUUAGAUAUUGCGUUGCAGAGGGAAGAUGUGGAGGGGGACUUGUUCUUAGCGGACAUGGGCCAGGGCAUCCCCUUUCGCGCUGGAACGUUUGAUGCCGCCAUUAGUAUCUCUGCGGUACAAUGGCUUUGUAAUGCAGAGUCGAGCGGGGUAUCCCCCGAGGGCCGGCUGAGACGGUUCUUUGACGGCCUGUACGCGUCUCUGAGACGAGGUGCGCGGGCGGUCCUGCAGUUCUACCCAAAAAACGAUGCGCAGCGGAACAUGAUUUCCCAGGCUGCCGUUCGCGCUGGGUUCGGCGCCGGGAUCUUGGAGGACGACGGUGGCACCAAGAACGUCAAGACGUACCUUGUCCUCAGUGUCGGCGGCGGAGAUAUCACUGAGCGCGUGAGGAACAUGGAGAAUGUGGAUAUCGAGGACGGGAGGCGGAUUAGAGAGGCCAAGAUGGCUCAAAAAGGCGGCGGCAGACGAGGAGGAGGGGAAGCUCCCAAGGGCAGCAAAUCCUGGGUGAUGAAGAAGAAAGAGAAGAUGAGGAAUAAAGGCAAAGUCGUCAAGACGGAUUCGAAAUAUACCGGACGCAGCAGAGGGCCCAAGUUUUGA